CUGGUAGAGAGCAGGGGAGGAGACGGAACAAGAGUAAACAUGGAAGGGAGAGGAGAAAGUCAAGCAGCACACUGAAUGUCAAAAAAUAGGCGCUUUUACAAGGAAGUACCAUCAAAGAGUCUAGGUGCUGGUGGGACAAGGAGGUGCUGAGACCCUACACUCCUGGUUGGCGUCGGGCGUCUAUAAAAAAAAAAAAAAAAAAAAUAUAUAUAUAAUAUAUAUAUAUCAAACCGUGGUUGGUGCUUAUUGCUGCCGUGGCCAGGAGAAGAUCUGCCUUGAUGUCCCUGUCCAGAAGCGACACAGCCUCCUCCCUCUGAGCCACACCUCCUGCCUCGGACGUGCCCCGGACGGUCCGAAGCAUUUUGCCAAACCAAGUGCCAUCAGGAGCAGCUUUGUCUCAUUAAUAUUUAGUAGCUUCUAAUUGUUUGUUGCUGUUCCAUUCUGAUUUAUGAUUGAGCCUCACUGUGGAAACCUCUACCACCUUAUGUCAGAUUUCCAGAAGUGCUGCCAAAGUGCUUUACGUUAAAUCCUCAGUUACAACAGGCCACAUUUCCUGUCUCAUCAAUAAUUGACGCACUCCUCUACCUUAUUGUGGUUCGCGUGUUCCUCCUAACUGGACACCACAAACCAAGAUCCAACGAAACGAGACAUUUAAGCCCUCGAGCUCAGGAUGGUGGAGCGCGUUUGUGCCACGGGCAUGGCUGCCAGGCUGAGGAGCCAGUGGGAUCGGGACAACGGUUUGGGGCAGAACCACAACGCUGUGAAGUUCCUGGGCCAGGACUACGAGGCUCUGAGAGCCCAGUGCCUCCAGAGCGGCAGGCUGUUUGAGGAUCAGCUGUUCUCGUGCACCGGCUCCUCCUUGGGGUUCAACGAGCUGGGCCCAAGAUCCUCCAAGACCCACGGAGUCCGCUGGAUGAGGCCCACGGAGAUCUGCAAGCGUCCUCAGUUCAUUGUGGAUGGAGCCACUCGCACAGACAUCUGCCAGGGAGCUCUGGGCGACUGCUGGUUGCUGGCAGCGAUAGCCUCGCUGACCUUAAACGACACCCUCCUCCACAGAGUGGUGCCCCAUGGCCAAAGCUUUGAGCGCGGAUACGCCGGCAUCUUUCACUUCCAGUUCUGGCAGUUUGGCGAAUGGGUAGAGGUGGUGAUCGACGACCGGCUGCCGGUGAAGGACGGGAAGCUGCUGUUCGUCCACUCUGCAGAGGGAGGAGAGUUUUGGAGCGCACUGCUGGAGAAAGCCUACGCCAAGCUGAACGGCUGCUACGAGGCUCUGUCAGGCGGCAGCACGUCAGAGGGCUUUGAGGACUUCACAGGCGGCGUGACGGAGAUGUACGAGCUGCGGAAAGCCCCCUCCGACCUCUACAGCAUCAUCAGCAGGGCCAUAGAGAGAGGAUCACUGCUGGGCUGCUCCAUAGACAUCACCAACACCCGAGACAUGGAGGCUGUCACUUUCAAGAAGCUGGUGAAGGGACACGCCUACUCUGUGACCGGAGUGGAUGAGGUGGUGUACAGAGGAAAUAUGACCAAGCUGGUGCGCAUCAGGAACCCCUGGGGCGAGGUGGAGUGGACGGGACCCUGGAGUGACAACUCCAGGGAGUGGGAUAAUGUGGACCGCUCUGUCAGAGGCCGGCUACAAAACCGCAGCGAGGACGGAGAGUUUUGGAUGUCGUUCAGUGACUUCCUGCGUGAGUUCAGCCGUCUGGAGAUCUGCAACCUGACGGCGGACGCCCUGCAGCACAGCCAGAUGAAGAAAUGGAGCACCUCGCUCUUUCAGGGAGAGUGGAGGAGGGGCAGCACUGCAGGAGGCUGCAGGAACUACCCAGCCACCUUUUGGAUCAACCCCCAGUUCAAGAUCGCACUGCAGCACCCGGACACAGCCGGCCAGUCGGACUGCAGCUUCCUGGUCGCCCUCAUGCAGAAGGACCGCAGAAAGAAACGGAGGGAGGGCAAGGACAUGGAGACCAUUGGCUUCGCCAUCUACGAGGUUCCAAAUGAGUACACCGGCAGGUCGGGGGUCCACCUGAAGAGAGAUUUCUUCCUGACCCACGGCUCGAGCGCCCGCUCCGAGCUCUUCAUCAACCUCAGAGAGGUCAGCUCGCGGUUCCGGCUGCCGGCCGGCGAGUACAUCGUCGUCCCCUCCACCUUCGAGCCGCAGAAGGAAGCCGACUUCGUGCUGAGGGUGUUUUCCGAGAAGCCCGCCAACUCUGAGGAGCUGGAUGACAACGUUACAGCAGAGCUUCCAACCGAGACUCAGCUCGACGAGAGCCAGAUCGACGCAGGCUUCAAGAGUCUCUUCAGACAGCUGGCAGGGCCGGAUAUGGAGAUCAGCGUCACAGAGCUGCAAACCAUACUGAACAGGAUCAUCAGCAAACAUAAAGACCUGAAAACAGACGGCUUCAGUAAAGAAGCUUGCCGCAGUAUGAUAAACCUCAUGGAUACGGACGGCAGCGGCAAACUGGGCCUGACAGAGUUCCACGUGCUCUGGGAGAAGAUCAAACGAUACCUGACUGUCUUCAGGCAGUUUGACCUGGAUAAAUCAGGCACCAUGAGCUCCUAUGAGAUGAGGAUGGCUCUCGACUCUGCAGGAUUCAAGCUGACCAACCACCUGUUCCAGCUGAUCAUCCUGCGCUACACGGAGCAAGACCUGUCAGUCGACUUUGACAACUUUGUCACCUGUCUGGUCAGGCUGGAGACGAUGUUCAAGACCUUCAAGCAAAUGGACCAGGAUGCAGAUGGUGUCAUAUCCCUCAACUUUUUCCAAUGGAUUACCUUGACCAUGUUUGCCUAGACAUCGCUGGACUCCUGUUUCCUGGAUGUCUCUUGGAUACUUCUUGCACUGCACCCUGCCCUGUCCCAGGCCCAGUACGUGUCACUUCAGACGUGCCUUUUCGCCGGCCUGCCCUUCCUCCAUGCUCCUCACUGCUGAGGCCCUCUGAUGUUAAAAGACUGUAAAUUCAUGUUUACAAUGCCUGUAUUGGGAACAUGUGCCAAAGCUUAGACUGCUUAGACUUGCCACCAGUUUUGCCAAUGGAAGGAAGGUCACUUCUUGUAGCCCGGCAAUCAACUCUGUGGUAGCACUGACAGGCGGACGGGGCCUUUUUGAUGCUGGCAGAUUGGAGCUUUAGUCAUUCAGACAUUUUUCUGACGCAGAGCUGCUCUGGAGGCUGAAAUAGUCUCAGCGGUUUAGUUCUUUGGGGUCCACCAUGUGUUUCCAAAGUCCUGUCCCUCAGUGUAUUUUUUAAGCAAAACAUCAAUUUCAAUUUCAAUUCAAUUUUAUUUAUUUAUAUAGCCCAGAAUCACAAAUUACAAAUUUGUUGCAAAGGGCGUUACAGGAA